GGCCCGGUCCGGUCCGGUCCGGUCCGGCCCGGCCCGGGCAAUUCCUCCUCCAGGUGUUCAGCGGCCCAGGGAUCCCAGGAAAGACCAAGGCUUAAGGCCCCCCUCACCCCCCACCCUGACCUCCGACCCCAACGAUGGCUACGGCCCCGAGCUCCCCGGCUCGGGCUUCCCGGGAGCAUGAGGGGCCCCUGACGGUCCAGGUGGCAGAAGACUCGGUCUGGGGACAGGACGACACCGGCCCCGAGAGCUUCCGCCAGCGCUUCCGCUGGUUCCGCUACCAGGAGGCGGGCAGCCCGCGGGAGGCCCACAGCCGGCUCCGGGAGCUCUGCCGCCGCUGGCUGCGGCCCGAGCUGCGCACGAAGGAGCAGAUCAUGGAGCUGCUGGUCCUGGAGCAGUUCCUCACCGUCCUGCCCCGGGAGAUCCAGACUCAGGUGCGGGAGCGGCGGCCGGAGAGCGGCGAGGAGGCCGUGGCCCUGGUGGAGGGUCUGCAGAGGGAGACCAGGAGACCGAGGCGGUGGGUGACAGUGUGUGUGCGUGGCCAGGAAGUGCUCUCGGAGCAGACCUCCGCCCUGGGCCCCACACCGUGGGAGCCCCUGACCAUCCAGCUGGACAGGCCGGAGUCCCUGGACCAGGAGGAAGAGGAAGAGGAAGAAGAGGAGGAGGAGGAGCCACCGAGCCCGGAGACCCCAAGCCGGGACGUCGGCUCCCCGGACACGCCGGGCUGGGAUCCUGAGGAGGAACCGCCCCUGCCACCCACCCAGGAGAGGGCCCCGUCUGCUCCCCGAGUCCCUGCCUCCCCGCCGGACGGGAGCAGCACCGAGCGGGAGAUGGCCGCCUCCCUCCUGGCCGCUGGAUCGCAGGGCCUGGUGACCAUCAAGGACGUGUCCCUGUGUUUCUCCCAGGAGGAGUGGGGGAGUCUGGACCCCGGGCAGACGGACUUUUACGGCGAAUACGUCAUGCAGGAGAACUGUGGGAUUGUGGUGUCUCUGAGGUUCCCAAUUCCCAAACUGGAUGGCUUCUCCCAGGUGGAAGGAGGGGAAGACCAGUGGAUGUUGGACUCCCAGGACUCAGAGAUUCUCAGAGUCACCUACCCAGGAGACGGCAGUGAGCCCGACGGAGUGGUGCCGGAGCCAGAGCCGGCCGGCCUGCCAGCCGACGGGCCGGAGGAAGCCCUCCCCUGGAGCCCCGAGCCGGGUGGGCCCUGGCCGGACGGAUCCUGGCCGGACGGGCCAGGGAGCCCUGGGGCCCGGAGCCUGGAGCUGGCCACCCUGCGGGCCGGUGCCUUCCCUGGCCUGCUGUGCCGGGGGGAGCUGGAUUCCCUGAUGCGGUCGCACCUGUGCCCCCAGUGCGGGAAGAGCUUCGUGUGGGGCUCCCACCUGGCCCGGCACCUCCAGACCCACACGGGCGAGCGGCCCUACUGCUGCCCCAAGUGCCAGAAGAGCUUCGGCCGGAGGCAUCACCUGGUGCGCCACCAGAAGACCCACCUGCGCGAGAAGCCCAGCCGCUGCCCCGACUGCGGCAAGGUGCCAGGAUACCGGGGACACCAGGAUCGCUCCCACAAGGACGAGGACUCGAGUCUGCCGGCUCCUGAAGGGGCCACGGAGCUCGUGGGCUGGGACUUUGGGAAAGAGCCUCAGGAUUGCCAAGGAGCUGCCGGGCUUCGGGGGGGUGGUGGUGUGUGUGGUAGUGACUGUGGUUUUUGCUGAGUGAGUCACAAAUUGUUCUGUUUUCUUAA